GAGGAGGAAAGGAGUGUAAAGAACAGUCAGAAGUUCAGAGAUUUCUGAUUGCUGGUAAAUGACGAUGACCCCAUUUCUCCAUCACCUCCCCCAGCUUGUUUAAACAAAAUUUCUACAAACAGCCCAGAAAAGUGCCUGUAGUCAGUAUCAGCAAACCAAAAACACUCAAAAAUGAGGAUGAGGCCAGCUUUUCAGCGGUUGCUGCUGCUUGUAUGUCACGCGUGUCUGCUCAACACUGUAACAACGGACAAAGUGUGCUCUCAUCCUCCUCCAGAGAACGGUUCAGAGCUGAGUGGAGGACAGCUAUUUUACGAGCCAGGGACGCAGGUUACACUAUCAUGCAGCCAGGGCUACUCAAACGCCGGGGGGUCACGCAAAAUAACCUGCAAAAAGAAUGGAGAGUGGACCGAGCGUGAGCUGAAGUGCUCCCCAAAGCGGUGUCCGGUUCCUGAAUCGCCACAGAACGGAAACGCAGGCUUCAACAACAUUGUUUACAAAAGCGUCAUCAGAUAUUCCUGCAAUGAUGGAUACGUCCUGGUUGGAGCCAAUUCCAGCGAAUGCUUACACACAGCCCAGUGGAGUGAGCCUGCCCCACAGUGUGAACCUGUUACUUGUGGUCUUCCGGAUAUUCCACCUUACGCCAAAAUCGUGUAUGACAAGCAGUUCGAGGAGGACACCGUACAGUUCGGUUUUGGAGGGAUCUAUGAGUGUUUGCCUCCCAUGGUUCUUUUUGGUGAUAAGAGAGCCACAUGCACUGCUGAAGGCACAUGGACGGUACCACCAGUGUGCAAGUUGGUAACAUGUCCUGUGCCCAGCGCAAUAGAGAACGGCUUUCUGUCAUUUGCUGAGAUGCGAGAGCAUGGAUAUAAGGAAAAAGUCAAAUAUGGCUGUCACUACCCCUACCUCCUUGAUGGACCUGCGGAGGUUGAAUGUGAAGAAACUGGCUCAUGGUCCAGAAUUCCUGCAUGUAGAGCUCCUUGCACAGUUGAUAUUGAAAGGGGACGCAUUUUGUACAAAGGCGUGAAGAAAUGGAUUGAGGACUUCAAACCCAACCAGGUGCUGCAUUCGGAGCAGGUCACUGUGUACUGUUUGAAUGAGGAGGGAAACUGCGGUUAUCCUGUGAGCAUGCAGUGUAACGAUGGACACAUGCCGACCCCCGCCUGUUACGAGGAACCUAGUGCCACCAGAUACCAGCUUAAGGCAGGCUCACUCCCAUCUGAGAUCAAGCAGUGCUAGUGAUCACAGGAACAAAGGACACAGAAAGGAUGAAUGGAAAAGGAUGCUUUGAGGUCUGCUUGAAGAAAAACGACAAAUUUUGCCUCCAGGAUUUAAGAUGACUCUUCUAGCACAUUGCAUUAUGAUUCAGUUUUCAUUUUCCACAUUAAAAUGUCUCAAAUAUAAUGCUUUAAAAAUAAAGGUUUUGCAUUUAAUUUACUUAAUAUCUCACUUGUCAUAUGGCAUAUUUCAGAUAUUUCUGGUUUGUUAUAUGUAAGUAAGAGGAAAAACAAAGGAACUAACUUGUCUUUUGGACUUUCCUCAACAUUAAAUGUAACUGGAUAAAAGUACAACAUUUUCUUUAUUAAAACGUUAAAAAUUGAA